AAAUACCAAUAACAUUACCUUUCUCUUCUUGUUUAUUUAUAUUUUCUCUUCUCUUCUUCUCUGUCGGCUAUUUAUCUGCAUCUACAUCUCUUUCUGUGUUCCCACCCAACUAACUUAUUUCCCUUCAUCUCUCUCUUUUUUCUUUGAUCUACACUUCCGAAGCGCAAUGACAGCGGAGGAGGUGUUGAACGUACACAGCAAACAAAUUUCCGAUAACACCGACGACGUCGGCGUCGAAGGCGGUGAAGGUGAAAGUGAAGAUCGUAAUCACAACAACAAGAUCACAGAGCAUUGUAAUGGUAAGGAAAUUUCUGUUAACGGCAAUGUCGGUGUUUCUGAUUCCGUUCUUUCAGAUCCGAUCGUUACCGUUGACGCUAACGGUAAAGGUGGAGUAGCGGUAGAGGAUCAUAACAACGAAUCUGAAGUGACGGUUAUGAAUUCUAACGGUGAAACGACAACGGUUGAUGUCGUUGAGCGGGAAGAGAAGAUUUGUGAAAACGGUUCGGGAUCUGAUGAGAAUAACGUUAAUGAUGAUGAAUUUGUGAUUGUUGAAAACGGUGGAGAAUUGAAGGAAUGUGCGGUGGAGAAGGAGAAUCUUGUUGAAAAUGAGAUUCGUGAAGAAGAAGAAGUGAAGGUGGAGGAUCAAAACGGUGUCGUUGAGAAGAAUGAGAUUUGCGAUGCUGUUGUUGCUGACGUGGACAAGAGUGAUCGUGAAUUGGAAGGUGUUGAAAACGGAGUUAAAGAGAUCGAGGAGGUUUCUGUUGCUGAUGUUGCUGAUUCUACGGAUGCUGUGGAGGUGGUUGAUUCUGAUGUGGUGGAAAGAACCACCGAAUCUAAAGAUCACGAAAGCGAAAAUCUUUCCGAUGGAAAGAACGAAAUUCGUGAUGUUGAAUUGGAAACUGCAGUUGAUGGUGAAGUUGAAUCAGCUGAGAAGAACGAAAUUGAAAAUGGUGAGGUUGAAUUGGAAAGUGUCGUUCCUGAAGUGAGUGAAUCAGCUUCAGCUGAGAAGAAUGAAAAUCACGAUGUUGAAUUGGAAACUGUAGUUGAUGGUGAAAUUGAAUCAGCUGCAAAGAAUGAAAAUUGUGAUGUUGAGUUGGAAAAUGUAGUUGAUUCUGAAGUGAGUGAAUCAGCUCAGAAGAAUGAAAAUCUUGAUGUUCAAUUGGAAACUGCAGUUGAUUCUGAAGUGAGUGAGUCAGCUGAGAAGAACGAAAUUUUGGAAACUGCAGUUGAUUCUGAAGUGAGUGAAUCAGCUGAGAAAAACGAAAUUCGGGAAGUUGAAUUGGAAACCGUGGUUGAUGCUGAAGUGAGUGAAUCGGUCGAGAAGAAUGAAACUCCAGUUGAUGUUAAUGGAGUUUGUGAUCAUGCAGAUGAGAAGGAUACUCCGGUUGAUGUUAAUGUAGAUACUCAAAAUGAUUUAGAGAAGGUGUCCGUUGAGUCUGUCUCUGAUACAAUUGUUGAAAAUGGUUUGGAGAAGGUGCCGGUUGAGCCUGUCUCUGAUAAUGGUUUGGCGGAGGUUGAGGUGAGUGAAUGCAUUGAGGAGAAUGUGAUUCCUCUUGAUGUCGGCGAAUCGGAGAGGUCUGUUGAGAUACCAGAACCUGCUGGUGAAGGUGAAAAUGAACCUUCUGUUGUUACUUCUGAGGUGAAAGACAUUAAAGAGAAGAGUGAGGCUGAACCUUCAGAUAAUGCUGUCAAGGGUGAAGGUGAAUCUAUUGAAGUCUCUGAGAUUAAAAACGAUGCAGUUGGGGAUGAAGUUGAACCUUCAAAGGAAACAGCUGAGAGUGAAUCCGAGCCUUCAACAGAAACAGUGGUGGAAUGUGAAGCUGAACCUUCAAUUGAAACGGUGGUGGAGAGUGAAGCCGAACCUUCAACGGAACUAGUGGAGGGUGAAGCUGAAGUUUUGAACAAUGUAGUGCAGAGUGAGGCUAAGCCUUCUGUUGAUGUUGCAGAUUUGAAAACCAAUGCUGUCGAUAGAGAAGUUGAACCUUCAGUUGAAACUGAAACUGCGGUUGAAGCCGAAACUUCGGUCGAAGCCGAAACAUCAAUUGAAACUUCAGUUGAAGCCGAAAUUUCAAUUGAAGCGGAGCCUUCAGUUGAAGCUGAAACUUUGGUUGAAGGCGAGACCUCUAUUGAAGCUGAACCUUCAGUUGAAGCUCAAACUUCAGCUGAAGGUAGCAAUCAGACAACAGAUGAAGAUUUGAAAACAUCCCAAGAAGCAUCUGCCCCUGAUGCUGUGGAUGCAUCUGCCACCGAUGUGGUGGAUGCACAGGACAUGGGCUCUGAGGUGGUGAGGAGGCCAUUCUAUUGGUUGGUCCGGGUUCCGAGAUACGAUGAUGAUGACAAUGUAAAAGAGCAGAUUCAACAUGCUCUUCAACAAGUAGAGGAGCAGACUAAAAUCCGCGACGAAAUUCGAACUGAAAGCCAGGCUAAAAAGGCCCUUCGUAAAGAGUAUAAUCAAGAAUUUAGAGCUGCAGUACAAGAAGAGAGAGCUGCUAGGGAGUUGCUCAAAGCCAAACGACAAGAGAUGGAUUCAGUUCAAUCCACCAUGAAUAGAUUAAACAAUGCAAUUUCUGUCGGGGACAUAGAUAGCAAGAUUCGAAACAUGGAACACAUGAUCCAGCAUGAAACUCUGCCUCUAAAAGAAGAAAAGCAAUUGAUUCGCCAAAUCAAACUAUUGAAGCAGAAUCGCGGCGAGCUGUCUAAUAUUAUUGCAAAACAGGAUCAAUCACAAUCUCUCGACGACAAAGAAAGCAUGGAAGAGCAAACUAAGCGAUUACAGCUUUUGAGGAAGGAAUUGGAUGUGCUUAGAAGUAAUCUUCUGAAGGCAGAAGCAAUAACUAAAGCAGCAAAGAAGAAAUAUGAGGAAGAAGGUAAUCAAGUGGAUGAGGUUAUGGCUCGGUAUAACGCUGCUGAUGACACUCGUCAAGAGGCAUUUGUCAAGUUACAAACUUUGAAAAGGCAAUUGCAUGAGAAGAGCAAAUAUUUUUGGGAAUACAGAAGUGCUUCAAUGAGACUGCAAGAACUAGGAGCACAGGGGAAGAAAGAGGACGUGGAGCGCUUAUGUAUUGAUCAGGCUGAGAGAAUGCAUGAGCUGUUGAAGAAUGAUGAGUUCAGAAAGGACUAUUACCGGUGCAACACCAGGAGUACAGUGAGGAGACUGCAAACUUUAGAUGGCCGAACGCUUAAUCCUGGUGAAGAGCCGCCCAUGAUUCCUGCCUUCAUUGAAAGAGCUUACAAAAAUGAUUCUUCAGUUUCGCAGUCAACCCCUGAACAACAAAAGAAAUCAAUACCAACAGAACCUGUUACUGUUAAUACAAAGGAUGAACCUGCUUCCAAGGCUGUGGUACAAAAACCUGAAAUAAGCCAGACAAGUAAACCUAAAAAGCCUGCAAAACUUGCUCCUUCAGAGAAGAAGUCAGCAGAUCGAGUUUCUCGUUGGGGGGAUGAGUCCGAUGAAGAGAAGGAACCUAAUGAACCUGUGAGAACAAAGGAGGAAGACGAGCAGAUCUUAAAGGCUGAACAGGCGAGGAAGAAGGAAGAAGAAGCAAAGCUGAAGGAAAAGAAAAGGCUAGAGGAAAUUGAGAAAGCUAAGGAGGCACUGCAGAGGAAAAAGCGUAAUGCCGAAAAGGCCCAACAAAGGGCUCUCUAUAAGGCACAAAAAGAAGCUGAGCAAAAAGAGAAGGAAAGGGAGAAAAGAGCAAAGAAGAAGGGAAAAAGAAAGACAGUUACUACUGAAGAUGCUGUGGAGAAUACAGAACAAGAUGCUGCAGCUUCUCCUAGCUCUGAAACUCUGACAAGAACUCUUGAAGAAUCUGAUCAGAUCGAGAAACCAGUUGAGGUAACAAAACGAGCAGUGAAACCAUCUCAAUUCACAAAACAAAACAAGGUGAAAGCUUUACCCAUGGCUAUUCGCAACCGUGGUAAGAGACGAAUUCAACCAUGGAUGUGGUGGGUUCUAAUUGCAGUUCUGGUUAUUGCUGCCUUGUUUUAUAUGGGAAAUAACAGCUCCUUGAGAUCUUCAUUUCAAAGCUUUGGUUUUUGAGGAGACUCCAAAGUUAAAAAAACUUGCUUCGAUGCUAAGCAAUCAUUAGGUGUUUGCCUUGGGGGAUGGUAACCCUUACAUAUUUAUUACAUAUAUACAUAUAGAAGCAAUUCUUUUGGUGCCUUUACAAUUUUUUUGCUUCUAGUUUUUGGUCUGUAGUAGUCAUUAUUAUUAUUAUUUUUAUUUUUAUUUUCUUCAAACCAAUAUUUGUUUCUGAUGUGAUUUUAACUGGUUGAUUGCUUCUGCGACCAAUUAUUAUGGUAAUAAAUUAUUGUGAUUGUGGUGGGUUUUUAUA